AUGGUAAGUGGUUGAUUUUUUUUGUUUGUUUUGUGUAUUUAGAUGGGAACUACAUGCUGUAAGUUCGAUGAAGUGUGUCGAAUAUGACCAUGUGUGUUUUUACUUUCUUGACGAGGUGUUUGACGUUUUCAUUUGUCUAGUGAAAGAUCUCUAAUAUUCCCUUCUUUUGUUAGUAAAAUAAUAUGGGAACGCUGUUUUGGUGCUGUUUUUACGAUUCUACCGGCUAAAUUCUUUUUAUUACUUUUGAAAAGACCUACUUGUUCUUUUAUUAUCAUGUGUUUACUUCUGUUUAGCAGCAAAACUCUUAUUUAUAUUGUUUUAGUCAGACACCACUCGCUCUCCUGGACGUACCGCCGCUGCUCGACCAGCUGGAGCUGGCGCCGUCCGUCAACGUCGGGCUGCCCCAACCUCCGGCUCAUCCGGAACUGUGCGCACUCGAGCUCCUGCUAAUUCCGCUGGCAUGUGGAGAUUCACAACUGAGGAGUCCACUGGAUUGAAGAUGUAAGACUUUUUUGUUUUUUUUCGUGGUUUAGGGGUUGAAUACUGGAGUGGCCGCGAUAUCUUGGGUAGAUUAUGGAUUAAGCGUUGUAAUGGGACGAAGGUUUGAUAGAAUGUUAAAAACAAACCCCAUUACGAACCUGAUGUUAUACUUGACCUCUGAGACAAGUCUUCCUUUUUUAUUGGCAAAGAGUGGUACUUUUGAUCCCAAAAGGCAAAGCUUCUGAACAAACCUGUUAUAUUCUUGUUUCAUCUAUCUUUUUUACAGCCUCCAUGUCAUUCCAACCUAUUUUUAUCAUGAUUUUUUUUUCAGCGGGCCAGUCCCAGUACUCGUUCUCAGCUUGGUUUUCAUCGCUUCAGUGUUCGUUCUCCACAUCUGGGGAAAAUACACUAGAACCACGUCGAGCUAA